AUGGUUGCUCACUAUUUAUUGUUAGUUCCGAUCUUGCUGGAUUCACAUGCCGUCCAGCCAUCUUGUCUGCCAGGAUGUACCUGCUCAGAGGAGAGCUUUGGCAGGGAAGAUCCCAGGGAAGAUCCCAGGGAGUUCUUGGUCAUCUUGACAUAUCUGGACCUACCCUUCAACAGGCUUAUCGUCAUGUCCACGAAUGUCUUCUUGAACUGGCCGGCCUACCAGAAACACCAGCAAUCUGGCCGUGGGGCUGAAAUUCUCUCCAGCCUGGUACUGGCAUUGCACAGUAAUCCUUGGCUAUGUGACUGUAGCCUAAGGGAUUUUGUCCAGUUGGUCAAGGAUCUCUGCUUCCCUGUCAUCCUGGUGAAUUUAUACCUGAUGUGCCAAGGCCCUCUCUCCAAGGCAGGUCAAGUUUUUCAUAAAACUGAGCUCAGUGUUUGCACAAAGCCAUAGAUCUCAAUCCCUAAUACCAACGUGACCGUUCAGGAGGGACAGAAUGUGACCCUGACAUGCUUGGCACAAGCCAGUCCUUCACCAAAGAUCACAUGGACUUAUCCCCUGAGCAUAUGGAGGGAAUUUGAUGUAUCCACCUCCUCAACCGCAGAAGACGCUGCUCUGUCGAAGCUGGUCAUCCCUGCUGCUCGCCUGGCAGACAGGGGCAACUACACCUGUGUGGCCUCCAACUCCAUGGGCAGGAACACGCUAGUCGUCUCCCUCCGUGUCCAGACCGCCCAAGCUCUGCCUGCACCCCAUCCUCUUUCUUCCUCUUUGGAGGCCAGUGCGUACCUUGACCUCUGGGUCAUCAAGCAGAUGGUGCGUGGGAUCCUGCUGCAGUGGCUUUUGAAAGCUGACACCCCAGAGACGUGGUUCACCCUCUACGUGCCGUCAGAAGAAACCGUCCAUGAGGAGGUGAUCCACAUUGGUCCUGGAAUCAACAUGUGUGCUGUGGAGGACCUCCUCCCUGGUACGAAAUACGAGGCUGGCCUUAGUCCUGGAGGCCAGCCUGCUCACCAGGGCAGGUGUGUGGUUUUUAUGACAGGCAGAGAUCAUGGGAGUGUGGAGGAUCGGAAAGGCCUGCUGCACAUCACUGUGGUCCUCUGUGCGGUGCUGCUGGCUGUGUCUGUGGGCGCCUUUGCCGGGGCCGCACAGGCUUCUGGGAGCAGCAUUGGGUGGGGCCUGCGUUGCUGUCCUCCUAUCAAGAAAGUCCUGGGUCGCCCCUAUGCAGCCUCAACACACAAGCAUGACUCUUUCAGAGACCACGUAAUUGUCUAUGAGGCUGUCAGGGACCCAAAGACAAUGAAAGGGACGAGGAGAGAGGAGAGGGGGGGAGUGAAUGGAGAGAUAGCACUGAGGGAGCAAUCAUGUGGACCUUGGAUGCUCAAACCUUCCAUGGCAACUCAACUGGGCUUCAUCCAUUUAUUCACUGGAUUUUUUUUAAACUUUAUUGUGCAUCAGGCACUGCACUCCAUAGUGACUGAAGACAACCAAUUCUUAUCUUCAUGAAGCUGAUUCCAAUGAUGCAUUUCCUGGCCACUGAAUGUAUAUAUUUAUACAUGGUGGCUGAAAAUUAUUGACUGUUAUUCCUUUUAUGUGCAUGGCCGUAUAAUAUUUAUAUGUUUAUGGGUAACACGUACAUAUGACACUUCACAAAUGUUCUCUCACUGAAGGAAGGUAGUAUUCCGUUCUUAUUACAAGAGUCUCAAUUACGAUGACUGAUAUCAGAUGUCUGGCAGCAGGCAAAGGCAGCACUUAAAAGAGGUUCUAAUUCCAUUAUUUCCUGUAACUAUCCACUUUGCAGACAUUUCUUUGAGGUGUCUCCCAUUGUUAUUUUACAGUGUUUCCCCCCCCCCCCUUAAUGACAAACUCCCAAAGACAUUUCCUGACUUUGUUUCAAAGAGCUUCCCUUGGGCACCAUGAGAAUCUGGGGUGUGACCUGUUUCUGUUUGCAGGUGAUUGUGUUCCUGGAAGCUGUCCUUCGUGUCCAGAGCGGCCUGGAUCAAUGGAACUAAGAAGCAGGAAACUGGCUGCAUUCCCAGCAUAUGUUCUAGUGACUAGUCAUUGGCCUGGCCUUGCCUUCCCUUCAUGUCCCCUUACAGUCCC